CGGUUGGAGUCGCUCGUUUCCAAGUUCUCUUUCGUUGGCGGCCUUCUCGCCAUCCUCCAAAAAAGCCCAAUCACCACGACUAGGCCCCUCUGCUUUGCCUACCUUCUCCAAUUGGAGUGAUCGCGACAUCAUCUUAUCACCCUACCCUCUUUUACUUUACCUCCAAAUGUCUUGAUGCUGCCACAGUCUUCCUCCCAGCCUGCCCGGGGCACUCGUCGCUCGAAUGUUGGAGCAAAAACUCGGGUCUGCGUCCAUUGCGGGCGCAGUUUCAGACGAACAGAACACUUGGAGCGCCAUGUUCGCACCCACACAAAGGAGAAACCGUAUAUCUGCUUCUGUGGCUCGGCGUUCACCCGACGAGAUCUACUGAAGCGACACACAACCAUUGCACACCAGAGCAGUGGCUUAGUUUCGCCCAACUCCCAGCCAGAUAACGAAGCCCUAGAUCAUGCCAAUCGGCCCAGAGCCUCUGAACCCGCCACGGUCCCACCCCACUAUAACAAUCAACCGACGUCACGUCCCGACGUGUCGCUCUCGGUGCCGCCAAAUGUGGAUCAAUGGACAGGGCCACAGCGAGGGCCUUACAUAGAACAGGACCGAAAUCCUGUUCUGGAGACAGGAAGUAGUAGUGCGGGUGGCUUGCCCCAUACUAGUGCAGUUGGCCAUGAUGCGGAAAUCUUGGAGGCUGCUCAGCUUCUUCUUCCGGGCAAUUAUCGGCACGCUCCAGCAACACCGGCCCAGCCAAUGCCAUACCUACACGAGGAGCUGAAUCAUUUUCAGGAUUUCACCCAUUUUCUCGACUCAAUUGGUCUUCCAUCGGAAUGGGUUCCAGCCUUUGGGGAUAUCCCUCAGAUGCACAAUCCCGUCUCAAACGAGUCCCCUGAAUAUAGCAGAAAUGCUGGAGAGCAGCAUGAACCAUCAUCGCGCCCCCGUCAGCCAGACAGGUCACGAGCCGACUCACCCUUCCGGUCGUGGCUCCCGUCCGUGCCUCCUGGGGACCAGAGUUUUGCCUCUGUUUCCGAUUACGAGCCCCCGCAGAUCGCCAAGAGCCAGUCGCCGCUGAAAGUCACAGAAGAGCAGAGGCAGCGUCUCGCGGCUUCCUUGGACGAGUUCCGUUAUCUCAUUCCGGAUUUUGUCCUGCCUUCGCGACACACAUUGACAAGAUAUUUAACGUCAUACUUCUCCGGCUUUCACACACACCUCCCUUUCAUACAUGUGCCGACUUUGCGGAUUAACGAGCGGGCCCCAGAACUUAUUCUGGCCUUUAUGACAAUAGGCGCUCAGUACCGCUUCGAGCAUCGCAAUGCAGAGAGGCUCUUUUAUGCAGCCAAGGCAAUUGUAUUAUAUAGGCUCUCUAAAGAGUCAAGCCCGCCGCCUUGCAAUUCCAUCAUUCAAAUACCAUUGAACAACAUCCGGGAAUCACCACAACGCUCCGGUCAAGAGCCAUCGCUUUCACCGUCGCAGUUCGCUGCCGGAAUGGAUGCAUGGAGACGGAUCGAGAACAUUCGUACUCUACUAGUCUUGAUGGGGUACUCUACAUGGGAAAAGGCUGAGCUUGUUCAAGAAGCAUUCGGGCUGCAGACAUUGCUGGUGCGGUGUCUGCGAGAAUUCGGACUAUUGGAGAAUAUCACAGUUGCCCCGCGGCACUCUCCUCUACAGUGGCACGAGUGGGCUGAAGAGGAAUCCAUAAGGCGCACCCGAUUCAUCUCGUUUUGCUUUGUCCACGUUCAUAGCAUAGCAUACAACAUCUACCCGGUGCUUCGAAGCAGCGAAGUCCAUCUACGCCUCCCAUGCUCCACAAAGGAAUGGAAAGCUGCCACGGCCCAUGACUGGGAAAUCGCUCAGAAGGAGGUAGAUUCUCAGCAGCUGUUCUUCCAGGAUGCCUUGGCACUAUUGUUGCAACCCUCACGGACUCCAGUUCUUUUGGAUCCAAUUCCUGCGCCAUUGGGGAACUAUAUCUUACUCCAUGGCCUCCUCCAACGCAUCCAUCUGGUGAGCGAACUGUCCAUACCGAAUGGAGACCAAUCAUUUUCUCUCCCGACUGAGGAGUUGAAUAAGCUAGAGAGGGCUCUCCGGUCCUGGACCUCGGUAUGGCAACAAGCCCCAGAAUCGAGUCUCGAUCCGCAUAAUGAAAACGGUCCCAUCCCAUUCACAUCCAGCUCGCUUUUAGGAUUGGCCUAUGUCCGCUUGUCGCUCAAUCUUGGCCCGCAUCGUCAGCUUGAAACGCGGGAUCCAUAUCGCAUUGCCACCGCGAUGCACAGAUCACCGCGGCCAGGAAGAAGUUAUAGGUUGACCCCUGCCUUGAUCUAUUCAGCACACGCAUUGAGCAUUCCCGUGCGUUUGGGUAUCGACCAUGUUGCACGCAGUCAAGCAUUUUUCUGGAGUGUCCGCCAUUCCCUUGCCGGUCUAGAGUGUGCGGUUCUUCUUAGUAAAUGGCUUAUGUCUCUGGCAGAAACAGGAAGCAACCAAGCCUUGAGCGAAAAUGAAAGUCGGAUCCUGCAUUGGACGCGUUGCAUUGUGCAAGAGGCGUACGAAUCGAUGGAUCUGGAUGAAGGAGAAGCGUUCCCUAGUCAGGACCCCACCAGCCUCGGGCUCGCUGUCAUCAAGCUUUGGGCCCGCCUCUUUCGAAAGAACACUCAGUGGCCGUUCAUCAAUGUAAUGGGAGAAAGCUUAGAAAGGUACCUUGCCCUGAUUCGGCCAGGCUAAACUGCAAAGCGUUCGUGAAUCAAUCGCAACCGUCCCUGGCCAGAUUGAAUAUCCUCUGUUUCGUGGAUCCAGAGAAUACAAUCGAUGAUGGAGACAACUCUACCGC